AUGGCUGGACUGGUUUUAAUCUUCUCUGUUUUCUUAACAUGGCAGACAAUAGAAAGCUUCUUGUUGGACGAUCGUUGUCAUCAAUACACAUGUAGCGGCAAUGGAGAUUGUUCCGAGGUGAAUGGCCUUGUCACGUGUCACUGUCGUCGCAAUUUCGCUGGAAACCGAUGCGAGCUAACUGACUAUUGCCUGGGUCUUCCUUGUAGAGGUCAUUCACAGUGCGAAGACAUUAAAGACUUUCCACACUUUAUGUGCACAUGUGACGCAGGUUACACUGGACGAUACUGCGACACACAUGUGACCGGAUCCCAGUCGAAUUUCAAUGGACAAACCCAUACCGCACAUACAUGUGCUAGUCAAUAUUGUAAUCACCAUGGCGACUGCUCUGACGUUAACGGACAACAAACAUGUACAUGUCACUCUGGAUAUUCAGGACAUCAGUGUCAGCAUACAAGCGUACAGCUAGAAUGGAUAAGGGUUGGAUAUGUGGAAUACUUUGUGGUUAUAUAUUCCACAGACGUACAGCUAGAAUAG